AUGCCACAGAGACGCAACCUGAAGGAUCCAAAUCAUCUGUACAUGCCGCGCUGGAUCAGAGGAGACGGCAAGCAGCGAGAGGGAUGGUGUGGAGCAUGUCGCCCCGGUAAAUGGCUGAGCUUGAAGCGCAGUACUUAUUGGUACCACAAGAACUUCUGCCAUGGUGUCACUGUCAUGGGCACGCCGUUUCCACGUCCUACUCGUAUUCGAGCCUUGGCCGAUGAUAAAGGAUGGGAAGGAUAUUGUGCGACAUGCAGCAAAUGGAUCAUGCUGAAUGGUGGGAAGAAGAGCCACACAUCUUGGUUCAGACACGCCUAUAAGGUAUGCCUGUCUCUCCACUACACUUGA